AGAAGGCUAACUAAGCAUAUAUUGUCCUUUUUUUUGAUCUUCUGAAAUUAGAUGUUCUUUCUACAAUUACAAAGGGAUCUCUGAUAAUCUCUCUCUCUUUCUUCUCUGUAGAACUGAAGUUGGAGCUGGAAAGGAGUGUUCAAAGUCGCAAGAUUCAUAAAGGGUGUGAAUUAUUUGGAUGGGAAAUGAUGAUUCAAUGCUAAGGAUGCUUCCAUUGUGUUAGAUCAUCAAUCAUUUCCACAUAUACAUAAGUUACCCACCUUCAUAAGCUGGAAGUUCAACUGAUUCCAUCUAUACAAAUAUGCAGCGAACCAAUUUCAUUGCUGAUAAUUUUAACUCAUUGGAAGAGGUCGCCACUGCACUAAGGGAAUCUGGCCUAGAAUCUUCAAAUUUGAUUCUUGGCAUUGACUUCACAAAAAGCAAUGAGUGGACGGGCAAGCGUUCAUUUCAUAGAAAGAGUCUGCAUGCAAUUGGUAACACUCCUAACCCAUAUGAGCAAGCAAUUUCAAUUAUAGGACGCACAUUGUCUCCGUUUGAUGAAGACAACUUGAUACCAUGUUUUGGAUUUGGCGAUGGAACAACUCAUGAUGAACUUGUGUUUAGUUUCUACCCCGACCGUCGAGUUUGCUGUGGAUUCGAGGAGGUUCUUGCACGUUACAGAGAAAUUGUUCCAUUUAUACAGUUAUCAGGGCCAACUUCAUUUGCACCGAUUAUUGAUGCUGCCAUUGACAUCGUUGAGGGAUGUAAUUUUCGAUAUCAUGUUCUUGUUAUUAUUGCAGAUGGGCAGGUAACUCAUAAUCCCGACACACCAUCUGGGAGACUCAGUUCACAAGAGAAUGCAACUAUUAACUCUAUAGUCACUGCAAGUCAAUACCCUCUUUCAAUUAUCUUGGUUGGUGUUGGGGAUGGACCAUGGGAUACAAUGAAAAGGUUUGAUGAUAACAUUCCACAGAGAGUAUUUGACAAUUUCCAGUUUGUCAACUUCACUAAAAUAAUGUCAGAGAAUUCCAACACGGUAAAGAAGGAAACAUCCUUUGCCCUUGCUGCACUUAUGGAAAUUCCAUUUCAGUACAAAGCAACCCAAAGCCAUCAGUACACAAAUGCUGGAGUUCAAUGGAAGAAGCCAAUACCUCCACCUCAUGAAGUGAUUAAACAUGACAAUGCUGUUUCUAAAGCAACCCGUCCAACAAGUUCGGAACAAACACCAACCUUACAAGUCUGCCCAAUUUGUUUGAUAAAUCCAAAGGACAUGGCGUUUGGCUGCGGUCAUUUGAGUUGCCGUUAUUGUGGUGAGACAAUUUCAUCUUGUCCUAUGUGCCGGAAGCCAAUUACUACUCGAAUAAGACUAUAUUCCUGAAAGAGAAGGAUUAGUCCUGAAUUCAAUUGUGAAAAAAGGGUCAGAAUUUAUGCUAAGUUAGUGCAUGUGUGUUUGUGUAAUUUAAUGUACACAAUAAAUAUUGUAAGUUGGAGAAUAUGAAUUCUUACAGUAACUUGUCCAAGAAUCACAUAAAGUACAUAUGAUUUGGAUUGUAUUUCUGAAUAAAUUUGCAUUUAAUGGUUG